AUGGAUAAUGCAAAGUUGAGGAUAAAAGAUGAAGAGGUAAAAGUGAUAUUUUACAAAGUUGGAGGUGGAGGGGGUGAAAGUGAUACUUUAAAAAGUAAAUUGAUAGAAAUAUUAUCUUACAAAAUAGAGGGGUUGCAAGUCAUGAUGGUUGAAAUUGAAGAAGUUGAUCAACCUAGAGAAACACAUGUUAUUGAUGAUAAUGAAGCAAAUGGAAUGGUAGAAUGUGAUGAAGGUAAAGGUAUUGAUGAAAGUAUAGUGGGAAUGGUUUUUGAUACACCUGAUGAUGCAUAUACAUUUUAUAAUGAUUAUGCGUUUUUACAUGGAUUUGGUAUACGUAUUGAUACCACAUUUAAACAUAAGACGACAAAGGAGCCUUAUCGGAAGAUAUAUGUAUGCGAUAAAGAAGGUUUUAAAUGGUUAGACGACAAUGCUUCAAGUGGAAUCGAGAAAAAGCGUCGUAGAGAUGUUAGAACCGGAUGUAAAGCCGAACUUCGAAUUUCAAAAAUGAAAGAUGGUAAAUGGUUUGUAGACUCGUUUAAAGACACACACAAUCAUGAUUUGAGCAUGACACCAACGAAGGUGAUGAAGCAUCGAUCUCAUGGCAAGUUCCAUCGUACAAUGGAAUGUAAAUCUCUUAUAGUGCAACUAGGUCAAGCAGGAUUGAGACCUUGUCAUGUUAAAAAGGCUAUUAAUGGAAUGAAAACGUCAACUGUGGCUGAUAUUACUUCAAAAGGAAAGGAGUUUUAUGGACUUAUAAAACAUUUCCAAGAUAAAGCCUUAUUGGAUAAUGACCAAUACUUUUAUGUGGAUUUGUGUGAUGAUGGGUCUCCUAAAAAUAUAUUUUGGGCUGAUGGAAGAUCAAGAGAUGCCUAUACUAAAUUUAGCGAUGUUGUUGUGUUUGAUGUCACUUAUAUGACAAACAAAUUCAAGAUGCAUUUUGCUCCUUUUGUUGGUGUUAAUCAUCAUGGGCAAUCUAUACUUUUUGGUGGAGCGUUGCUAGAAAACGAAAAAGAAGAAACUUUUGAAUGGUUAUUUGAGCAUUUUCUCAAGUGUAUGUUUGGCAAAUAUCCGAAGGCAAUCAUUACUGAUCAAGACAAAGCUAUGGGUAAUGCAAUAAAAAAAGUUUUUCCAAACACUCGACAUCGGUUUUGUGCAUGGCAUAUUAAGAAGCAUGAACAAGAACACAUUAAACCGUAUGUUUCCCGUUAUAGUGAUUUUAAGGAAUCAUAUACAAAAUGGGUAAAUCGUGACACCAUUGAAGAAUUUGAAACUAGGUGGGAAGUUAUACGUGAUAAACAUAGAUUAGAAAAAAAUUGUUGGAUAAGCGAUAUGUAUAACCAACGGAUACAUUGGGCUAAAGCCUUCUUGAAGGAUGUUUUCUUGGCUGGUAUGACUACAAGUGGACGGAGUGAGAGUAUUAAUUCAUUUUUUGAUGGAUUUGUUAACUCAAAUACUAUGUUGAAUGAAUUUGUAGUGCAAUAUGAAAAAGCAGUUGAGUCUAGAAGGGUUGCCGAAGAAGAUGAAAACUUCAAGACUAUGAACUCGAGACCGAUUCUUUCUUCUCUUCAUCCAAUCGAAGAAAAAGCAGGCGAGUGUUAUACUAGAAAGAUUUUUGAUAUGUUCAAAAAAGAAUGGACAGAAGCUACUAGCAAUUUAACUCACGAGACUAUAAGCAAGAGUACUGAAGAAAUCAAAUAUCGAGUGGGGCAACUGAAAGUUGAUAAAACAUAUUGGCGUUAUGUGACCUUUUGUUUUUCUAAUGAAGUCAAUGUCACAUGUUCGUGUUCUAAGUAUGAGACGGAUGGGAUUUUAUGCAAGCAUAGCCUAUAUGUGAUGAAGAAGAGACAUGUUGAUACACUACCUAGUCGCUAUAUUUUACAUCGAUGGACUCUUAAUGCUAGGUAUAAGGUGGGUAAUGGUAGAAUCGGUCUUGAAGAAAUGAACAAUGGAAAUGACGAAAAUCGGAAGAAAUCUAUUACAGUUGAGAAUACAUCUCAAGUUUCUUGUGCGGGAAUUUCACAGGUAGAUAUGAUGCCUCAGUUAUCUAUCCGGGAUCCUCUUGGUCCAACUAACACAAAAGGGCGUCCUAAAACUGCAAGUAGAAUAAAGUCUUUUUUAGAAGCGCCGAAAAAACGAACAUGCUCUUAUUGUCAAGGAUUGGGCCAUUAUGCUACUAGUUGUUCAAAAAGAAAGGCUGAUGAAUCGGUGCAAGAGAAACAUUGA